GACCUUGUCCCGGGCCGCCCUGGGGCCUGCUUAGAGAGGCCUGGCGCCCGCCGCUCGCUUCCGCCGCGGCCUCGGGGCCUCCCGGAACGGCCAGGUCCCGAGGCCGCUCCGGCAAAAUGUCGUAAGGACGCUUCCGCGGGAUCGUUUAGGUUUCAUCUUGCUCUCCCCUCUUCAAAAGCCUCCAAAGCAACCUUCGUGAUUUUUCUUCAAGAGGUGAAGAAUUUCCGCCUUAAAGAGUCUGUUGACUGCAGCCUCGUGUUCUCACGGACCCCGCGAUUCCGGCGUAUGCCGGUGUUCUUUCUAAGGACGCUUUCUGCCUUCCUGAGGAAAAAGAUAGAGGCAGAAAGGAUGAUGGCUGAGUGUUUAGGAAAUUGUUCUCAGGACUCAGUGACCUUCGCUGAUGUGGCUGUGGACUUCAGCCAGGAAGAGUGGACUUUACUGGACUCCUUUCAAAGAAAGCUAUACAGAGAUGUGAUGCUAGAGAACUACAAGAACCUGACCACAGCAGGGUAUCAAUUAUUGAAACCCCCUCUGAUCUCUUGGUUGGAACAAGAAGAUUUGAGGAGAGUGGAGAGAAGAGGAAUCCUCCAAGUGUUCUCUUUCUCUCUACAAACUCUUACAUUUGUUGAUCCUUUUUUAUGGGAAAUGCAACUUAAAACCAAAGACUCAGCAAUUCAGCAGGAUAAUCUUGAGGAUGAAACAUCUGUUGGGAUGGAAACAGUAACAUUGGCCAGAAUCCAGAACAGACUGGAACUCUAUGACUGUGAGCAACAUAGUAAAGACUUCAGUGAACAUCCGUUCCUUAGGACACACAGGAGAACUCAAAAUGGAGGCAGCACUUAUGAGCAUAAUCAGUAUGGAAAAAGCUUCCUUACUCAGCAGAAGAAAACCUCUACUACUGUGAAGCAUUCUAUGUUUAACCAGUGUCAAAAAGCCAUCAUCCUGACUCCAAAUAUCAUGGAUGGGAAAACCAGCAUGGGAGAGAAAGCCUUGGAAUGCAGUGAUGGUGAGGAAGCCUGUGUUAAUCAGCCUUCCCUUCAGGCACAAGUGGUAACUCAGAAUGCAGAAAAAUGCUGUGAACAGAAGGAACAUGGGAGAGCUUCUGUUCACUCCACAAACUGUGGUUUACAUAUACAAAAUCACACCACAAAAAAAAGUUAUGAAUGUAACGAAUGUGGGAAAGUCUAUAAAUAUCAUAUAUCCAUUAAAAUUCACAUGGGAACCCACAAUGGAGAGAAACCCUAUAAAUGUAAGGAAUGUGGGAAAGCUUUCGUUAUAGCUUAUGAACUUAAGAGGCAUAUAAAAUCUCACAGUGGAGAGAAGCCCUUCAUAUGCAAGGAAUGUGGGAAAGCCUUCAUUAGAGCUGAUCACCUUAGGAGCCAUAUAAAAUCUCAUACUGGAGAGAGGCCCUUUAUAUGUAAGGAAUGUGGGAAAGCCUUCAUUAGAGCUUAUCACCUUAGGAACCAUAAAAAAUCUCAUCCUGGAGAGAGACCCAUUAUAUGUAAGGAAAGUGGAAAAUCCUAUUUUUAUCCCUUAUCCCUUAAUGAUCACAUGCAAAAUCAUAGUGAAAUAAAACUGCAUAAAUGUAGGGAGUGUGGGAAAGCCUUCCUUACUUCCUAUAGACUGAAAGAACAUAUAAAAUCUCAUAGUGAAGAGAGGCCCUUUCCCUGUGAAAAAUGUGGAAAAUUCUUUAAAAGUUCUUCAUAUCUUAAGAUUCACAAUCGAAUUCACACUGGAACAAAACCAUAUAAAUGUAAGGAAUGUGGUAAAGCCUUCAUCAGGUCUUUUGUACUUACUGAACAUAUGAAAACUCAUGCUAGAAAAUUUUUAUGUGAAGAUUGUGGAAAAUUUUUUGUUAGAUCUCAGUUUAGGGACCAUAGAAAAUCUCACAUUGGAGAGAGGCCCUUUCCAUGUGAGCAAUGUGGAAAAUCCUUUAAACGUUCAUUAUACCUUCAUCGUCACAAGACAAUUCACUGUGGAAUAAAACCCUACAAAUGUGAGAAAUGUGGGAAAGACUUCACUUGGAAAUCAGACCUUUCUAAACAUGUCCGAACUCAUGGUGGAGAGAAACCUAAGGAUGUAAACAACAUGAGAAAGUCUUCAGUUAUUCCAAUUCCUCUUAGAUACAGGAAAAACUCACCCUCUAGCAAAAUCCUAUAAAUGAAGAAUAUGUGAGAAAGCCUUCAGCUCUCUUAGUUCUUUUGUCUUGAAAGAAAUCACUUUGUCUUAUUGAUGUCAGGUAUGUGGGAAAGCCUUCAGUUGUCCUGAUUCACUUGACUUGAAAAGAGCACACUGGAGAGAUGGUCUUCAAGUGGAAGGAAUGUAGGAAGGCCAUCCAUUUCACAACCCAGACUGAUAGGGCGCACAGUGAAGCCAUACCGUUAAGAAACAUGGAAAGCACAUUACUGUUUCCUCAGGGAAAUAUAUAUUCCUUCAAUAUGGGAGAUCUUGCAGUGCAGAGGAACUCUGCUAAUGUAAGAUUUGUGGAAAACUGUGUAUCUCUUCAGUACUUUGAUGUUCACUUGUGAUCUCACUGUGGAAAAGAACAUUAGGAAUGUAAGAAAUAUUGUAGUCAUCAUUUUUUUUCCAUUAGAUUGUUCCUCAUGCUUAAUAAACAUAGGGUGAUUCACAGUCAAGAAAAAUGGAGUGUAGUAAAUAUGGGAAAUGCUACCCUGAGUCUGAAAUCUUAGGGUUUCUGAGAAAGGACAGUGUUCGGGUGGUCCCAAAGAUCAAUUUUGAACAUUUGUCAUUUGGCCCUGACCUUUCCUGGACAAUGAUACGUCUUUCUUUCCCCUCAUCAUCAGGCCAGGCCAGUCUAGUUGCUACAUCUGGGUCACAACUUGGCCUGUAGUAUUCACACUUAAUCCUCUUUGGACCCCCUGGUUUCUCCUGUUGGAUGGACAUGAUCUUACAUUGUGAAGACAGGGAUGGCUUGACUGUGUACAGUGUUCACCAAGUCCAUCUACAUCAAGUCCCAGUGGCCAAAGUGGAGGAUAUAGUACAUCUCUGUAAAUCUUGUAAAGAUGGCCUUGUCCUCUCCCACACCUGAUCCUUUCAGGGUCAGGGUCGAGCAUGCAAUGAGUGGAGAAAAAGUGAGAUUUCAUCUACUGAUGUGAGACACCCUGGUGUCCUGACCCUUGUGGGGGAACAACACCUCUGACACCUGUGGAGGAUGUUCAACCUCAGGCAUUGCAGAAAGAGGGUGAGAGCAAUGAAUGCUCUUUUCCACCCCUAUAUCCAGCUCCAAACCCAUGGAAAACAAUCAUAUCAUGCGUCUGGGUCAAGCAACCUCUGCUGUUGGUGACGUGGGCUCCCUCUGGGUUUGUCAUCCCAUUUUAAGUGC